UACCGCUCCGCACGGCAGCGGCAAAAUAACGUUUAGCGCUCAUAACAAGCGGAUUCUCAGCGCUUUGCUCAUAAAACAGAAGACCUGCAGGCCUCUGUGAGUUAAACAUCCUGAUUGUACAAAAGGCCCCAUAGUUUUGAGUUCUCCUUUCUAUUCUGUUCAGUUGUUCACCUGUAGUUGCUUAGAGUGACCUGUAGAUGUCACCCCACCACUUUGGAUGGGAGAGGUUUUGAACAGGUGGAUACGUGGGUGAGAUCUAUAUGAGUGUGUUCGCUCCAGUUUACCAGCAGAGAAGUGGUCAUUUCGUGAGAAGUGUGCGUUACUGAGCAACAGACCACACACACACACACACACCUGUACCUAGACUUGUAUGUAACACCUGAUCCUCCAACAAGCCUGUUACCUUUGACUGUGUGGAGGCAAUACAAGCGUUCAAACCAUCCUGGGUGUCUUCAGUGUCUUCUUCCUGAAUCGCCAUCCAGGCCUAGAGUAGUGUUCUGGCCGACACUCCGGGGAGUGGCAGCUACAAACCGGAAUCAACACCUUACAGUCCCCCCCUUCCAGCAUUCACCAUGCCUGGCAAAGUGUCCAAACGCAAGGCGGAUGCUGCCAAGCGCAGCAAACGUCCACCUCCGCCCCUGCGUAUUGGGAUUCCAACGCCCAACAGUGACGACGUUCAUCUCUCUGGUACCGGCUGGCGCCAUAGAGUUCGUCGUUGGCCAACUAGUGCAGUGUCCAACAAAGCUCACAAGUUGGUCCUUCCGGGUGGGAUUCCUGACAAGAAAUUCGUCCUACUUGUUGGGGACUCCCACUUGAGGUCCGUGGCAGACGGCAUAGUCCCUAUGCCGGUUGGCGGCCUCGCUUUUGGAGUGAUGUCCACUCCAGGAGCUUGUGCAGAUCUUCUGCGCCUUGAGGUUUCACAGGCUGUGUUACCUCGGGAGCCUGAUGCUGUUUGCGUCAUGGCUCCUUCUAACAACCUUACGGCCAGCAGAACAGUUGAAGAGGCAGGGGAUGCUUUUGAGCGGUACCUUUUGGCUAUUCUCAGUCGCUGGCCUAAGGUUUUCUGUACCGCCAUGAUUCCCCGUUUAGUUGGAUCCUGGGAGCGUCAAGACCUGUUUCAGCAGGAGUACCACCGCAGAUCGGCUAAGCUACGUGUAAGUUACGUGCCGAUCCACGAUGACCUACCCAGGUACCGUCGCGAACUGUGGUGCCGUGAUGGUAUCCACCUCAGUGAUGACCACGGGAUGCCUAUACUCACGCAACUGAUGUGGCAUGCCUCCUAUCAGUUCUUGGAGACACCCGCACCAAAGCCACUGGUGCAGCACCAGGUGUCUCAUCCGCUGAAAGCGAGUAUUGUGCCCCGUGUGGUUGUGAAGGGUGUGGAACGCAUUCCACCUCCACCCCCUUCCGAAUGGACGUUCGUGAGACCUAGCGGGAAGAGGAACCAUUCAGGGGAAUUUGAAAAGGCUUCUAAUUCCCCCAAGAAACGAGUGGUUCUUUCUGAGACUGAUGACACUUCAGUGGCCUUGAAGGAGUGUUUCAUCCCCCUGAAUCCCGUUAGAUUCUCACCUACAAUUCUGGCUGCCAUGGACACGCUAGCUCCAUCGGCUCUUGGUGAUGUCCCCACAGACAUCCAGACUACGUCUGUGGGACAUCGCAAGAAGCCUGCUGUCUUGAAGCCCAGGCCAGUAAAGCAGCGGUUCUUGGAGACAUCCUCACCAAAGCCACUGGUGCAGCGCCAGGUGUCUCAUCCAGUUACGGCAAGUAAUGUGCCACGCGUUGUUGCGAAGGUUGUGGAAACCAUUACACCUCCACCCCCUUCCCAAUGGACACCCGUGAGACCUGAUGGGAUGAGGAACCAUUCAGGGGAGUCUGAACACGCUUCUGAUUCCCCCAAGAAAGUAGUGGUUCUUGGUGAAAUUGGCACUCCAGUGGCUGUGAAGGAGUGUUCCAUCCCACAGUUCUCACCUGACAAUGUGGUUGCCAUGGACACACUUGCUCCAUCGGCUGGUUCAGAUGGUCCCACAGACAUACAGACUACGUCUGUGCGACAUUUUAAGAAAGCAGCUAGGCGUGUCCAGCAGGAGGUUGCAUUCCCACCUUGCAUAAAUCCUCUUGCAGACGUGGAGUCUGUUCAUUUUAGGAAGGAGGUGUUGGACUGUGACCAGCUGCCUUUACCCCACCAUCAGGAGGCAUCUGGUUGUCCUGGGUCUGUCUCUGGGUCUGGUGCUGCUCAUGCUGUGAUGCCUCCUUCUGGCCAGAAGGGUGAUUGCCAUCACGUGCAUGCAUCACCCAGAGGUCAGUCCACUAACACCCCUUCUUGCAUGCGUUCACAGAUUUUGCUAUCGUCUCUAGUUCCAGAGACAACUGUUCAGGAACCUUCAAGCAGUUCUGUUGUAAAUAAUUUUGAUGAAGAUGAUACAAGCUCACACAAGGAUGAUAAAGUUUUAGACUCUAUCCUAGGAUCAUUUCACCAGGGCGAUAGGCGUUUUAAAUAUGGGGGAGUUCAGUGUGCAGCUAUUACUGUUGUUGCUUUAACAAAGCACAAACAGAAGAGUGUUUUUUCUUGGGACUUUGCCGUGUUGGAUAACGUUGUUGAGUUAGGAGAUGAGCUGUACACAGAUUUGCGCGACAACAAAAAGAUUAGAGGUGGACAUGAGUUUCUCUCUGUUCCAGACUUGCCAAAGGAAAUUGACAUAGAAGAACAGCGUUUUAAGCUUGUUUACGGGGAUUUUGUUUCAGGAGAUGUAGAUGUAGUUGAAGGCGAGUUAAUAGAUGCUGGUGUGUACACUCCUCUCCUGGAUGGAUUGCAGAAGAUGUGCACACAGCAUGAAACUUGCAUUAUGACAUUAAGUGGCAAUACUUGCGCUAUCAUUUGUGAUAAUGGACGUUAUGCUGUAGUAGAUUCCCAUGCACGCUCUGCAGACGGCAUGGUAGACCCGACAGGACAGAGUGUAGUUGUGUACUUUGCAAACCUUGAUAAUGUUUUUCAACAUUUUCAGAGGUUUGCUAGUAAACUAGUGGGAUCUCAGAAGUCAUUUGAGAUCACUGGAGUGGAUAUUGUUCAGAUGGACACAUUUACAAAUGUAUCUGAACAAACAAGCGCAGUUCCCACGAAGGCCAAAGGGGAGAAGCGCAAAAGGUCAUCCACAUCCACAGCAUGCAAAAGGACGAAGAUUGAUGAUGUUAAGGAUAUGGACUCUGUUUUUGUUAGUGAUGUUACGACAAAGGUUUUGCAUUUUGAUCCCAUCUCUAGUGAUGUGUCAGAGGUUCUGUGUAAACGGUUGAAUGUGGAGUAUGAAAAGUGUGAUUAUGCUUGUUAUGGUGUUGGUGAGUUGGGUGUACCUUGUGUGAAUGAGGAAAUAGUGGGUGACGGAAACUGUUUUUUCAGGGCAGUAAGUCGAGCUGUUACUGGCACCCAGAAACAUCAUAGAAAAAUUCGGCUCGCUGUGGUAAACCAGUUAAAAAGGAAUCCUCAAACAUAUCAAAGUAUUUUAAGAAGUGAGUAUUCCUCGGUUCCACACUAUCUUAACUCAUCUAGGAUGCAAUAUGUAGGAAACUGGGCAACUGAGGUAGAAAUUCAAGCUGCCGCUGAUUAUUUUGGCAUUAACAUUUUCACUUACUGUAAUGAUAAAUGGCUUGAAUACAGCUCCAACAGCAGCAUAUCUAAUCAAGGUGUUUAUUUACAAAAUUGUAAUGGUAACCAUUAUGAGACAGUCAUUUGUGUUAAACAGCUUAACAUGGAAACAUGUUAUGGGUAUUGCAAGACUGUAGAUGAUGAUUCUGGAAAAUAUAACACUCGACAAGCUGCUACUGAACCUUGUUCUAUAGAAGCACAUGAUGCCAGUGCCAUUGAUGAUUCCAAUACUUUUACUCCUCUGUCUGCAGAUGUUUGUAAAACUCUUUGUAACAUGUUGAAAAUAGAUUAUGACAAACACACUUCCCAAGACUCUACACCAUGUGGGACUUUGGGAAAUGUGUGUAAGACAGAGGAUAUUGUAGAAGAUGGUAAUAGUUUUUUCAGAGCUGUAGCUCAUUCAAUUAGUGGGUCACAGAAAGGCCAUCGUAAGGUCCGACUUUCUGUUGUUUCAUACAUGUUAAAAAAUACUGAACAGUGUCAACAGUUCCUGGGAAAACAUGCUUCUGUGUCACAAUAUAUAGAACACUCACAGAUGAAGUAUGUAGGUCACUGUGCUACAGAAGUAGAAUUUAGGGCUGCAGCUAAUAUGUUAGGCGUGCACAUAUUUAUUAAUAAUGGCACUGAGUGGAUCAAAUAUAGUCCUAAAUCCAGUAAUUUCAUCAUUGAGGGACUAUAUUUGUCAAACUGCUUUAAUAUUUUUAAACCUGUUAUUUGCACUAAGCAGGGUGACAAAGAAACAUGUUUGGGUUUUUGUAAAGUUGAUUCUUUGUCAGACACUGUAAACAGGUGCAGAAGAUCAAUAAAAAAGCAGUUAAAUGCUGACCCAAACAUUAAAAGUAUGAACAGUAAUAAAGUUUUGUCUAAAUAUAAAAAACAAAAAAAGGCUUUUACAAAAGCCUUUCGAUAUAGAAAUGACAAUACAUUUAAUGAAAAAGUUAAAACUCAGAGCCAAAAAUUAUAUAAGACAAGUUUUGUAUGCAGGUUGACAAAAAUCAAUUCCAGCAAAUUUAAAUACAAAUUUGUUACUACACAUAAACAGAAAGUUAAACAGAUGAGUUCGUAUAACUAUCAUCAUAAAUUGUCUUACAGAGAAAACGUUAAACAGAGGAGUAUUCAUGAAUACCACCAUAAUUUGCUUUAUCAAGAAAGAGUUAAACAGAGGAGUAUUCAUGAAUACCACCAUAAUUUAUCUCAUCAAGAAAGAGUUAAACAGAGGAGUAUUCAUGAGUACCACCAUAAUUUAUCUCAUCAAGAAAGAGUUAAACGGAGGAGUAUUCAUGAAUACCACCAUAAUUUAUCUCAUCGAGAAAGACUUAAACAGAGGAGUAUUCAUGAAUACCACCAUAAUUUAUCUCAUCGAGAAAGAGUUAAACGGAGGAGUAUUAAUAAAUACCACCAUAAUUUAUCUUAUCAAGAAAGAGUUAAACGGAGGAGUAUUCAUGAAUACCACCAUAAUUUAUCUCAUCAACAAAAAGUAAGAGAGUUGAGUAGAAGGCAGUAUCUUAAAGAUGAACAUAAAACACGAUUAAUAGAAGGUAUAAAGCACAAACGAGAGCUGAUUAAAUUAAAGUCACAACACUUUGAUUUUGUCACUGAGCAAUUUUUGGAGAAGGUAAAAGAUGGACCUGAUUUUGUGUGUUGUGUAUGCUCUCGAUUGUUAUUUAAACAUCAGGUCUUAAAUUGUCGCAAAGAUUAUUAUAAAAAAAACAAAGAAAUGUCACUUAUAGCAGAUAAAUGUAUAAGUGAAGAUUAUAUGCAUAGAUGCACCAGUGCCUGCAAGUCACCAUGUGAGUUUUUCAAUACAUCUAGAAAUUCAUUGUAUAUCUGUUACACUUGCCAUUAUAAAAUUAACAAUGGUCAAAUACCUCCACAGAGUUCAAUCAACAAACUGACUGUUGAUCCCAUCCCACCUCAGUUGGCACGAUUAAAUACAUUAGAGCAACAUUUGAUAGCUUUAAAUAUACCAUUUAUGAAAAUGUUGGCUCUGCCUAAAGGUGGUCAGAAUGGAAUUCAUGGGCCUGUAACUUGUGUACCAGCAAAUAUAGUUGAAACGUGCAGUUUGUUACCACGCACCAACAUGGAGGGGUCUUUAUUACCUGUAAAGUUAAAACGCAAAUUAACAUAUAAAGGCCAUUAUGAUUAUCAGUAUGUUGACGCAGUGCAUGUCCAGGAAGCUCUUCAGUAUUUAAAACAUCAUAAUUUACAUUACAAAGAUGUACAGUUCAAUGAAGCGUGGAUUAAUGAAUUUUCUCGUGUGGAUGACCAUUCUGUAUCGGAAAAGAACAGUGUUGCUGAUAAAGAUGAGGGUGCGUGCAUAGAAGAGGAUGAAGAUGAACUGCUGCAUGAUCGACAGCAACACUGUAUGUUUCAGGACACCUGUCUCAUGCCAGUGGAUAUAGGACAAGAAGCAUUAGAUCAGUAUGUUGACAACGUGUUAAAUGUAGCUCCUGGUGAAGGUAAUAAUCCGGUGAAAUUGCUUUCUGAUGUUACAAAUGAGGCGAAAUGUUUCCCUGUAUUAUUCCCUUCAGGAUCAAAAACGUACCACGAAAGCCGGCAAUAUAAUUUGACAUUGAAUCGUUAUUUUAACACUAGACUUCUUCACGCUGAUGGGCGAUUUGCUCAUAAUGUAGAAUAUAUCUUUUUUGCGCAGUACAUGUCUGAACUGGAGCAGGUUGUGUCUAAAGUUUCUAUAGCUCUACGUAAAGGUAAAAGUGGUGAAUCCCAUGACUUGCGUAAUUUGGUAAAGGAUCAGGAUUCCUUAAAUAAGCUGUUGGAGUUUGAUGAUGGGUAUCGUUUCCUCAAACCUAUUCGGGGCACACCUGCAUUUUGGCAGACUGCACAACGCGACCUGCUGGCAUGUGUUAGAAUGCUGGGCAAACCUACUUGGUUUGCAUCAUUUUCGUCAGCAGAUAUGAGAUGGACUAAUCUCCUGUACAGUAUUUUGAGACAGGAAGGCAGAACACAGACAGUGGAACAGCUGGAGUGGGCUGAUAAAUGUGAACUGCUGCGUAGAAAUCCUGUCACUGCUGCCCGAAUGUUUGACUUUCGAUGGCACGUCUUCUUAAGAGAAGUUCUUAUGUCUCCUGCCAAUCCCAUCGGUAAGAUUGUAGAUUACUAUUAUCGUGUUGAGUUCCAGCAGCGUGGUUCUCCACAUUGUCAUUGUCUGUUUUGGGUUUCUGGUGCUCCGGUUAUAGACAAGAACACAGAUGAGGAGGUCACUGCAUUCAUUGACAAAUAUGUGACAUGUGAACUUCCUCCUGAAGAAGAUUCACUGUCUGAAGUAGUCUCAUCUGUGCAGCAGCAUUCAAAACGACAUUCAAAGACUUGUAAAAAGAAAAAUACUGUUUGUCGUUUUAAUUUUCCACGACCUGCAUCGACUAGAACUUUUAUUAGCCGUGGUGAAAAGUAUCAAGAUGCAGCGAAAACUUGUAAAUGCAAUAAAACAGAUUCUACUGUGCAGUGUCCCUGUUUGUCUCAAGAUAAAUCACAUAAACAAGAAAUGGACAAAGAUGUAGCUAGUGCCAUUUUAACUAAAGUAAAGACUGCUAUUUCUAGUGACGACUGUCCAUAUACCAGUGUGGAAGAUCUGUUUAGAGGCCUGGGUAUUAGCCAGGAAGUAUUUGAAAUGGCAUAUAAACGAUUUUGUAGAAAUACACAUGUUGUUUUGAAGAGGCAAGUUAAUGAGAUUUGGAUUAAUCAGUAUAGCAGGUUGCUGUUAAAAGCUUGGAAUGCUAAUAUUGAUAUCCAAUAUUGUGUAGAUGCUUAUGCAUGUUGUGUUUAUAUAGUAUCUUAUAUGUCCAAAAGCGAGCGGGAAAUUGGCCUUCUGCUUGCUAAUUCUCAAAGAGAAGCAGCUAAAGAUAAUGUUAGUGCUAAAGAGGCUUUGAAGACACUCGGAAAUGUUUAUCUUCAUAACCGAGAUGUUUGUGCACAGGAAGCUGUGUACAGACUAACCAACAUGCAUCUAAAAGAGUGUUCUAGAAAAGUAGUUUUUGUUCCCACUGGUGAUAAUGUAGUGAAAAUGAGUUUACCCAUUGCUGUUUUGAGACAAAAGGCAAUGUCACAGGAUCUCAGUACCGACGACAUGUGGAUGUGCGGCAUAGCUGACCGUUAUAAGAACAGACCUAAUGAUAAUACAUUUAAUGACAUGUGCCUUGCGACGUUUGCUUCAGAGUAUCGUGUUUUGAGUAAAAACGAGAAAUGUAAAAACCCCGUACAGUUGAGUAGUGAUUUCGGAUUUGUCGCAAAAAGAACUCGAACUAAGCCAGCCGUUGUUCGUUACGCCCGUUUUUCUGAAACCAGAGAGCCAGAGAAGUUUUAUCAAAGCAUGUUGCAGUUGUUUCUGCCACAUCGCUUUGAUACUGAACUUAAGCCUUCAACCUGUAAAACAUUUGAGGAGUUUUACCGAACCGGUUUUAUUAGAUUUGUUGAUGGAACAAACCGUUCUGUAAAGUCUGUUGUAGAUUUAAAUCGGGGUAAAUAUGAAAUGGAAUCUGAUCAUUUGGAGGUUGUGGACAAUAUUGUUGGUGAUGCAAUGUUAGAGAACGCUUGGUGUGAGUUGUGUCCAGAGUUGGAGGGUGAGCGUUUGGAAUGUGUGGAAAUAUUGAAAGAGAGCUCACAAACGGUAAACGAUGAUCCAGACAUCAUCCCAGAUUUGGCUCCGUCAUCUAAGGACAUUGGACGAUUAGAGAGGAGAAACGUCAUGAGUAGAACUGAAGGCCUGGCAUUAAUUAGAUCUUUGAAUGAGAAACAGUUCUCUGUUUUUAAUCAGAUCCGGCAGUGGUGUAUAGGUAAAGUUAAUGGCGUUAAUCCUGAACCACUGCACAUUUUUGUUACUGGCGGUGCGGGCACAGGGAAAAGUCACUUAAUUCGCGCGAUAGAGUAUGAAGUUAAAAGAUUACUCUCACCUACUUGUAAACAUCCCGACAACACGUGUGUGCUCUUAACAGCUCCCACAGGUAUAGCAGCAUAUAAUUUGGAGGCCACAACAAUCCACUCAACAUUUUCUAUAGGAAAGGAUGUACGCUUACCGUACACUCCUUUAGGUGAAGAGAAGCUCAAUUCUUUGCGUUCUCGAUUUUGCGAUCUCCAGCUUCUCAUUAUAGAUGAAAUAUCAAUGGUAGAUCACAACCUCUUAUCCUAUGUCCAUGGUAGAUUGCGGCAGAUUAAACAAACGGGGAACUUUUCACCUUAUGGGAACGUCAGUGUUGUGGCUGUUGGAGAUUUUUUCCAGCUGCCUCCUGUUAAAGGGAAACCACUCUAUUCUGAUGGUGUAGGUAGCAGCAUAUGGACUGAUCUAUUUAAGGUUGUUGAAUUAACAGAGAUAGUUAGACAAAAAGAUGCAGUGUUUUCCCAGCUGUUAAAUAGGAUUAGGACUCAUUCCAAAGGUCAACCGCUGUUACCUGAGGAUUUACAGAUUCUAAAAACUUGUGAAACAGGUGAGGUGAGCUCAGCCUUGCACAUAUUUGCGACGAAUAAACAAGUAAAUGAGCACAAUAUUAUUCAGUUAUGUCAGACUUGUCCUGAUUAUAUAUCAUUUAAAGCCAAAGAUUAUGUUAAUGAUAAAAAAACUGGCAAACUGAAGUUGUUGGAAGGUAAUCAUGCUAGAGCUUCGAACACAAAUUUGGCUGAAGAGUUGUUGUUGGGUAAGGGUGCGCGUGUGAUGUUAUGCAAAAAUGUGGAUGUUGCCGAUGGUUUGGUAAACGGGGUCUGUGGUAUUGUGACGGAGAUUAUAAUGCAGGACAAUGACACCUUUCCUAAAAAGGUUUAUGUUCAAUUUGAUGACCAUCGUGUAGGCUUGCAGAGGAGGAAAACUUCCCAGUCUCUGUCAUCGAAUUUAGCUGGUUCCACACCUAUUGAACCAGAAGAGGAAAAAGCCACUGUUAAAGGUGGAUUACGACGACAAUUUCCUCUCAAACUGGCAUGGGCAUGUACUGUCCACAAAGUACAGGGCUUGACUGUUAACUCAGCUGUGGUCAGCCUCAGUAAAAUAUUUGCGCCUGGCCAAGCAUAUGUUGCCCUUAGCCGUGUGACGACUCUUUCUGGGCUCACAAUUCAGAAGUUUGAUGCAAAAAGAAUCUACUGUAAAGAUGACAUCACCGUUGCUGUCAGUAGGAUGGCGCCCCUUCUGAGUGGACAUACACAGUGGGACAGAUUUAACACAUCUGUCUUUACUUUCUUUUUAAUGAAUGUCCAAAGUUUGAAUAGACAUGUUAAAGACUUGGCUUUCUGCACACGGCAUUUGCAACCAAGUUGUAUUGCUGUAACAGAAACAUGGCUGACUACAGCCUGUUCAGAUGCGGUAAAGAUUGAUGGGUACAGUUUUUACAACUGUCCACGACAUUUAUCGUAUACUAGCAAUCAAGCGGCAUUGGCGGCGUUGCAAGACCAACAACGUGGUGGUGUAGGCAUCUACACUGCACAUGGAGUGUCCUUUGAACUUUUAAAGGUUCAAGACGUGAACUUGGAGUGUUUAACUUACAAAUUUGUUAGUUUAAACCUACUACUGGCUGUAAUUUAUCGGCCCCCUUUGUAUCCUCUUUCUGUAUUCCAAGCAAAUUUGGUAAAGUUGCUUGAUUGGUUGGAGCCUCAAAGUGAGAACGUAUUGCUGAUGGGUGAUUUUAAUGAUGACAUUUUAAAGUCAUCUGCUGUAUUGAAAGUUGUGACUGACAGAGGCUAUGCCCAAAUAGUCACAGAUCCUACCACAGAAAGGGGUACUUUAAUAGAUCACGUUUAUAUAAAAUCAAAGGUAUAUGAAAUGGAGGCAGUUGUUAUGCCAACAUAUUUUAGUGACCAUCAGGGAAUUUUUUGUGGAUUUAAACAGUUUUAGUUUUUUUUCCUGAUCGGGUCAUCAUGUAUGUCGUAAAAUGGUUUUACUACUUUGUGGUGAUAAUAGUGAUAUGUCAUUGGAAAUGGCUGUAGUGACUUUUAUAGGUAAUCUGGUUAUCAUGUGGGGUGUUAAAUGGCUGUAGGGAUUUUUAUAGGUAGUCUUGGAAUCAUGUGUGGUGUUAAAUGGCUGUAGGGAUUUUUAUAGGUAAUCUGGUUAUCAUGUGUGGUGUUAAAUGGCUGUAGGGAUUUUUAUAGGUAAUCUGGGCAUCAUGUGUGGUGUUAAAUGGCUGUAGGGAUUUUUAUAGGUAAUCUGGGCAUCAUGUGUGGUGUUAAAUGGCUGUAGGGAUUUUUAUAGGU